CCCGCGGUAACCGUGUGUGACUGCAAAGCCGUAAUCAAAAGCGCGGACAUGUCGGAGGAGAUGCAGCAGGUCUCCGUAGAGUGUGCCACCCAGGCCCUGGAGGAGUACAACAUCGAGAAGGACAUAGCAGCCCAUAUUAAGAAGGAGCUUGACAAGAAGUACAACCCCACCUGGCACUGCAUCGUGGGGAGGAACUUCGGCAGCUACUUGACGCACGAGACGAAGCACUUCAUCUACUUCUACCUGGGCCAGGUCGCCAUCCUCCUCUUCAAGUCUGGUUAGAGCAUGGCCUGUGCCUCCUGCCCCGAGAGCCAUCCAGAUCACAAGGAAUGCAGCCUAAAUUCCAAAUACCAGAGA